CCAGACUACACGGCGUCACAUCGCAGCACAUACUGUUCCUUAAAAGGGGCAAUUUUUUUUACUAUCCGCAGUUGCUGUUGGCCACGAUAGGGCUCUUAUGUUGUCUUCCCUUUCCAGGGUUCCAAGUGACUCCUGUCCUUGUCAUGUUGCUUAUAUGGCCUGACCCACUUCUACCAUGAAGAUGGAGGCAGCUUGUACCUCCAGAGCCUUGGUAUCCGUCUACAAGAUUACGUAGGGUCACAACCUGGAAGACUGCAGUUUGAAUGAGUAUUUUGUUGUAUGAGAUUUGAUUCUGACUGUAGUCACUGUUACCUGAGGUGCAACAGGUUCAGAGUUCAGUACCAGUUUAGAGGUGGCACCAAGCGACUGUUACGGUUUGUGCUUUGAUGUGUAUAACGUAACUAUUAUUGCUGAGCCUAUGUUAACCAGCCGCAUGGUACUUCUGUGAUUGAAUGGAUUUCAAGACGGUUAAUACAAUGAGCCCGUGUCUCCUGCUCCACAGCAGCUGCUCAGGAAGAGACAGGUAAAAUGGGACCGCGUCAGCUGCAACCUCAAGACGGUUGACACUACAAAAGGCGUUCCAAAGGCUUCGGUUUAGUCUGCAGAGGUUCCAGAAUAUGGUGGAACCUGGUAAUAAAGCAGAUAUUUUCAAGGUGAGGAAUGGAAGGAAACCGACAUCACGGCAGAGGUGCAGGAAGUGUGCAAGUGUGGCAACACUGAAGCAUGCACCAGUUGAUGUUUUGAGCGUUCGUUGUUAACUGAAAGCGAUCAGAAAGCGACUGUAGGUCCAGCGGGUACGAUGUGUCUCACCGAAAAGAAGUCCACGUGUAGCCUUGUGCUCGAAGAUGGAACUGUUCUGCCCGGCGAAUCGUUUGGCGCCAAAAUACCAGCAGAUGGCGAAGUUGUGUUUCAGACCGGUAUGGUGGGCUACCCCGAGUCGCUCACGGACCCGUCUUACCAUGCACAGAUCCUAGUGCUCACCUAUCCUCUUGUUGGCAACUAUGGCAUUCCUGGCGAUGACAAGGACCAGCAUAACCUACCACGUUGGUUUGAGUCGCAUAGAAUUUGGGCAGCUGGACUUGUGGUGAGGGAACUGUGUGAGACUCCAAGUCACUGGCGUCAAGCAAGGACUCUCUCUCAGUGGAUGACGGACCACGGAGUUCCUGGGAUCUGUGGCAUCGACACGAGGGAGCUCACCAAGAAGAUCCGGAGCAAGGGAACCAUGUUGGGCCGAAUAGUAAUGGGAGUUCCUGAGUCUCCGUUGGCCGAAUUUCGAGAUCCAAACAAGCGGAAUCUAGUGGCAGAGGUUUCCAUAAAGGCUCCGGUAGUGUACAAUGCUGAAGGGUGCCCCAGAAUAUGUGUUGUUGACUGCGGUCUGAAGUACAACCAACUGCGCUGUCUCUUGACGAGGGGGGCGAGGCUGGAUGUAGUUCGGUGGGACCACACCCUGAACCCAGAGCAGUUUGAUGGGCUCUUCCUCAGCAAUGGGCCUGGUGAUCCAGCUCUGUGUGGUGUUGCAAUUGAUAACAUUAGGAACGUGAUGCUGCGUGAAGACCAUAAACCCAUCUUCGGUAUUUGUCUGGGUCACCAGCUGUUGGCUGUAGCCGCCGGUUGCAGCACGUUCAAGAUGAAAUAUGGCAACCGUGGACACAACCAACCAUGCACACAUCAUGGGACCGGUCGUUGUUUCAUGACGUCGCAGAACCAUGGCUUUGCUGUGGAUGUUUCUAGUCUGCCCACUGGCUGGUUACCACUCUUUACUAACACUAAUGACAACACUAAUGAAGGCAUCGUUCACUCCACUUUGCCAUAUUUUAGCGUUCAGUUCCAUCCAGAGCACACGGCUGGACCCCAGGACCUGGAGUGCCUCUUUGAUGUUUUCCUGGAUGUGGUCAAGAAUCACAAAGCUGGCAGAGACAUCUCUGUGCAGCAGUUGCUAACAGAACAGUUGCUAUAUCGCCCCGUGUGUCCCACCAAUCCAGCACAGCGUCUGCAUCCCAGGAAGGUGCUCAUCCUGGGCUCGGGGGGACUGUCCAUCGGACAAGCUGGCGAGUUUGACUACUCAGGCUCACAGGCUAUCAAGGCCCUGAAAGAGGAGAACAUUCAGACUGUACUGAUUAACCCGAACAUUGCCACAGUUCAGACCUCAAAGGGCCUUGCAGAUAAAGUGUACUUCUUGCCACUGAUGCCAGAGUAUGUGGAACAGGUGAUAAUAUCAGAGAGACCAGAUGGUGUGCUGCUAACAUUUGGGGGGCAGACAGCUCUCAACUGUGGAGUCAAGCUGCAGCAUUCUGGUGUGUUUGAAAAGUACAAUGUGACUAUUCUUGGCACGCCAAUCCAAUCCAUCAUUGAGACAGAGGACAGGAAGAUUUUUGCAGACAGAAUAAAUGAGAUAGGUGAGAGAGUGGCUCCAAGUGCUGCUGUGUAUUCAGUACAAGAGGCUCUGGAAGCUGCAGAGAAACUGGAAUAUCCUGUGAUGGCUAGAGCAGCUUUCUCUUUAGGAGGCCUCGGUUCUGGUUUUGCGAACAACAAGGAGGAGUUGCGUUGUCUGGCCCAGCAGGCUUUGGCCCACUCCAGGCAGCUCAUCAUCGACAAGUCCCUGAAAGGCUGGAAGGAAGUGGAGUAUGAGGUGGUUAGAGACGCAUAUGAUAACUGCAUUACGGUCUGCAACAUGGAAAAUGUCGACCCUCUUGGUAUUCACACAGGAGAAUCUAUCGUUGUUGCACCAAGCCAAACACUUACUAAUCGAGAAUACAAUCUUCUUCGAACAACUGCAAUAAAUGUCAUCAGGCAUUUUGGUGUCGUUGGAGAGUGUAACAUUCAGUAUGCUUGCAAUCCAAAUUCAGAGGAGUACUACAUCAUUGAGGUGAAUGCCCGUCUGUCUCGGAGCUCUGCCCUGGCCAGCAAAGCUACAGGCUACCCUUUGGCUUACGUGGCUGCCAAACUGUCCCUUGGAAUUCCCCUGCCUGAUAUCAGGAACUCAGUGACAGGAUCCACCACUGCCUGCUUCGAGCCCAGUCUGGACUACUGUGUGGUGAAGAUCCCACGAUGGGACCUCAGCAAGUUCACCAGAGUUAGCACUAAGAUUGGCAGCUCGAUGAAGAGUGUAGGAGAAGUAAUGGCAAUUGGAAGGAAGUUUGAAGAGGCUUUCCAGAAGGCAUUGCGUAUGAUGGAUGAGAACGUCCUGGGAUUUGACCCUUAUGUGAAGGCCCUCUCUGACGAAGAACUUGAGACCCCAACAGACAAACGUAUGUUUGUGUUGGCUGCAGCCCUGAAGGCAGGGUACAGCAUCGAUCGGCUGUGUGAUCUCACAAAGAUUGACAGGUGGUUUCUGCAGAAGAUGAAGAACAUUGUGGACUAUCAGGUGAUUCUGGAGUCGCUUGGCCAGCCUCAGCUAUCGCAGGAGCUGCUUCUGAAAGCAAAGCAGUAUGGCUUCUCGGACAAACAGAUUGCAACAUUCGUCAAGAGCACCGAGCUGUCUGUCAGGAGGAAGCGGGAGGAAACAGGAAUCACUCCAUAUGUGAAGCAGAUCGACACAGUGGCAGCCGAAUGGCCAGCGAGCACCAACUACUUAUACCUCACAUACAACGGCUCAGCUCAUGACUUAACAUUCCCUGGUGGGCUCACCAUGGUCAUAGGUUCGGGCGUAUAUCGCAUAGGCAGUUCAGUCGAGUUUGACUGGUGUGCUGUUGGAUGUCUUCGAGAGCUCCGUAACCUGGGCAAGAAGACCAUCAUGGUGAACUACAAUCCAGAAACUGUCAGCACUGAUUAUGACAUGUGUGACCGAUUGUAUUUUGAAGAGAUUUCAUUCGAGGUUGUGAUGGACAUAUACAAUGCAGAGAAUCCUGAAGGAAUAAUCCUGUGCAUGGGGGGGCAGUUACCCAACAACAUUGCCAUGGAUCUGCACCGCCAACAAGCUCGUAUUCUGGGCACGUCUCCCGAGUCUGUUGAUGGGGCUGAAAAUAGAUUCAAAUUUUCCCGUAUGCUGGAUCGCAUUGGAAUCUCUCAGCCCAGAUGGAAGGAACUCACAAACCUCAAGUCAGCGAUAGAAUUCUGUGAAGAAGUGGGCUAUCCUUGUCUUGUGCGGCCAUCUUACGUGCUCAGUGGAGCCGCGAUGAAUGUUGCCCAUUCUCCUCAAGACUUGGAGACUUACCUCAAGUCCGCAAGUGACGUCAGCAAGGAGCAUCCAGUAGUCAUCUCUAAGUUUCUUUUGGAGGCCAAAGAGAUUGACGUUGAUGCCGUUGCAUAUGAUGGCAUUAUCCUGUGCCUCGCUGUCUGUGAACAUGUUGAGAAUGCAGGGGUGCAUUCUGGAGAUGCUACCCUUGUUACACCCCCUCAGGACAUCAACCCCCAGACUCUACAGAAGAUCAUGGCAAUUUCAAGGGCAAUUGCGGGAGCCCUGGAAGUCACUGGGCCCUUCAACAUGCAGCUCAUAGCGAAGGACAAUGAACUGAAAGUUAUAGAGUGCAAUGUUCGUGUGUCCCGCUCGUUCCCAUUUGUCUCCAAGACAUUGGAUUUUGAUUUUGUGGCUGUGGCAACUCGUGUUAUCAUUGGCGAGAAGGUGGACCCAGUUGAUGUCCUUGCAGGGUGUGGCAAGGUGGGCGUGAAAGUCCCACAGUUCUCAUUCUCACGACUUGCAGGUGCAGAUGUUAUGUUGGGAGUGGAAAUGUCUUCAACCGGAGAGGUGGCAUGUUUUGGAGAGAACCGCUACGAAGCAUAUCUCAAAGCUAUGAUGAGCACCGGUUUCCAAAUACCAAAGAAAGCAAUAUUACUGUCAAUUGGGAGUUUCAAGCACAAGACAGAACUUCUUCCUUACAUCAGGAGCCUACACAAGAUGGGAUACAAGCUAUAUGCCAGCAUGGGGACUGCUGAUUUCUACACAGAGCAUGGAGUGGAUGUGGAGCCCGCGGAGUGGACUUUUGAAGACAUCGACUCCUCGGGUGGUGAGCUCAACCAUCUAUCUGACUUCCUGGCACGGAAACAGUUCGACCUGGUGAUCAACCUGCCAAUGCGCAAUGGUGGGGCGCGUCGUGUCUCCUCCUUCAUGACUCAUGGCUACCGUACGCGACGUCUUGCAGUGGACUAUUCCGUGCCCCUCAUCACGGAUGUCAAGUGCACCAAGAUGCUGGUUCUGGCACUGCAGUUAAUUGGACGUGCCCCUCCUCCUAUGAAGACGCAUACCGAUUGCAUGACAUCGAGGCAGAUGCUGAAGCUACCUGGCUUCAUUGAUGUCCACGUGCAUGUCCGGGAGCCGGGUGCAACACAUAAAGAAGACUUUUCUUCAGGCACUUCAGCUGCUCUUGCCGGUGGGAUCACCAUGAUUCUCGCCAUGCCUAACACCAAUCCGUCUGUGAUUGAUCACCAGACGUUCUCACUCGUCAAGGAGCUGGCACACGCCGGAGCUCGCUGUGACUAUGCUUUGUUCCUGGGAGCUUCAGUUGAUAAUUAUGGAGAUAUCUCGGACCUGGCUCCGUCAGCUGCAGGACUCAAGAUGUACCUGAAUGAAACAUUCACAACCCUCACACUCAAGGAUCUGACAGUGUGGAGCAAGCAUUUCGACAGUUGGCCCAGGAAGUAUCCACUGUGUGUCCAUGCAGAAAGUCAAACUACAGCUGCAGUCUUACUGUUAGCAACACUGCAUAGUCGACCAAUCCACAUCUGCCAUGUUGCUCGUAAAGAAGAGAUCCAGAUCAUCCGAGCUGCCAAGGAGAAGGGUCUGCCUGUGACGUGUGAGGUGUGCCCACAUCAUCUGUUCCUCUCUCAGAAGGACAUGGACAGGCUCGGACCCAGAAAGGGCAGUGUGAGACCAGUUCUUGGGACAGAGGAAGAUCAGCAGGCACUCUGGGACAACCUGGACAUAAUAGACGUCUUUGCUACAGAUCAUGCACCCCACACUGUGGAAGAGAAAACAAGUGAGAAAUUCCCACCAGGUUUUCCUGGACUGGAAACAAUACUGCCACUUCUGCUGACUGCCAUCCAUGAUGGGAAACUGACAUUAGAGGAUCUGAUUGACAAGUUCCAUCGGAACCCACGCAAGAUCUUCAACUUGCCGGAACAGCCCCACACGUACGUGGAAGUUGACAUGGAAGAGGAGUGGGUGCUCCCUGAGGCUAUGCCUUACAGUAAGUCCCGGUGGACACCUUUUGCUGGCAUGAAAGUGCGUGGUGCUGUACACAGAGUUGUUGUGCGCAGUGAAGUUGCGUAUGUUGACGGACAGGUGUUGGUGCCCCCCGGCUUUGGUCAGGAUGUGCGAGAGUGGCAGAUGAGGAAACAGCUGUUCCCCGGCCAUCAGGCACCCAGUGGACUGGACACGAGCCGCCCUCCAUCCAGCCUUGACUAUCCAGUGUCACCUGGUGAUAUUGCUCCAAAACUUACAAUAAAGGAAGUAGACAGACACAGAACAGAUGAUAUGUGGGAUGGUGACAAUGACUUGUAUUCCAAACUGCUUUCUGAUACCAACACAAGAACCGGAGGCCAUCUUGCACCACCGGAACUUGAUUUGAAGCUGCAAGCCGGAGCUCGCUGCUUGUCACCUAAUCCCUUCUGCAGUACGGCUCGCCACAAAAGUGACAGCAAUCCAAACCUGUAUGGCUCUCCCAUGACAGUCGGCAGUCAUGGGCUUACAGGACAGCACAUUCUUACCGUUGACAUGUUCUCUAAGGACCAGCUGAAUGACAUCUUCAAUCUUGCACAAACACUCAGGAUAUCCGUGCAGAAAGAGAGGCCUCUAGACCAUAUCCUGAAGGGAAAGGUAAUGGCUUCCGUCUUCUAUGAAGUCAGUACACGCACAAGCUGCAGUUUCUCCGCUGCAAUGCAGAGACUCGGCGGUCGUGUUAUCAUCAUGGAUGAGGCCAGCUCGUCCGUCAAAAAAGGGGAAACUUUGGAAGAUUCCAUUGCUGUGAUGGCUGGAUAUGCAGAUGUUGUUGUGCUCAGACACCCUGAGCCUGGAGCAGUCUCUCGUGCAGCGAAUUACUGUCGCAAACCUUUGAUCAAUGCAGGAGAUGGCAUCGGUGAGCAUCCCACUCAAGCACUGUUGGAUGUGUUCACAAUCCGAGAGGAGAUCGGUACUGUGAAUGGACUCACCAUCACGAUGGUUGGUGAUCUGAAACAUGGCCGGACAGUGCAUUCUCUCGCCAGGUUGCUCACUCUGUACAAUGUGCAGAUCCGAUAUGUGAGCCCACAGGGCCUGAGCAUGCCCAGCCACAUUGUGCAGUUUGUGGGCUCAAAAGGAAUUUCCCAAGAAAAGUUUGACUCUCUUGAAGAAGCCCUUCCAGAAACUGAUGUUCUGUACAUGACACGAAUACAAAGAGAGCGAUUUUCAUCACAGGAAGAGUAUGAGAGCGUGUGUGGUCUGUUUGUGAUGACUCCACAGUUGAUGACCUGGGCAAAGCGCAGGAUGGUGGUUAUGCACCCAUUGCCCCGAGUGUCUGAAAUUAGCCCAGAGCUGGAUUCUGACCCGAGGGCAGCUUAUUUCCGACAGGCUGAAUGUGGCAUGUACGUUCGCAUGGCUUUGCUUGCCAUGGUUCUUGGUAAAUGUUGAGUGUCCUGAGUUUUGCUCAACUUCACACUGCAGCUGCACUGGAUGAUUGACAGCACAGCACAGACAAAAGCUCUGAGUGGAAAUAAUGUCCUUUAGAUUUUCUUGAUGUGUCCACAUCCUUGUUCACUAUAGUUCAGUCGCAUUGACAAGUUUCAUACUACCAACAUUCCACUCACAUUUCACAUGAAGGUGUAAACAGACAAUUGGUAUAAUCAAAGAGACAUUUCUCGGGUGUGUUUAUAGCCGAAUCCCCAACAUCACAGUAAAGAAAUUAAUUAAAUAAUUCAGUGAUUGUAGUUAAUGAAGUUGCAUAUAAUGUUACUACUGUUCUCAGUCACAAACAUAAUUGAAAAUAGUAAUGUGAGUUCACUUUUGGCUGAUUCAAAGUUCUAAAUUUCUAAAUUCAGUUGGCCAACUUUAUAAACACAUGUUUUAAAUGUGACUGAUUUCAUGACUGUUUCUAAAUGUCCAGAAGUUAUAUUAUGUUCUAAAUGGAUUCUUUUAAGAUUCAUUAACUUUUGCAUAAUACAUAGAUCCAAGCAUAUACAGAACAUGCAUCUGCACACUUCUGAAAUUUGAUGCAAAAUGAUUUUAAUUCUGAGGUGGGUUGUGAGCUCCAGUGGCAUAACCUCUAAAGUUUAGAUCCAUUACGUUGCAGAAGAUUGCGUAUCACUUAUCAGUGACUGGAAGUUUUACAUCCGGUAACUAUAUUAGGGUAAUUAUGGUGUAGUUAACUGAUUGGUUGGUAGCCCCAAAUGAAAAAGUGCAUGUGAUUACCAUUCAAGUUGAGAGGCAUAGCUAUUUGUGUCCCACCACUGUAAAACAAAUGGAUGCCAUAAAUGUCAGACACUGAGACAUUCAGUUGGCUUUUGAAGUUCAGAUAGUCCACAAAACAGCAAAUUGCAUGCAUAAGACAGUGCAGUAUGAUGUUAGUUAGAAGUGUCUUUAUAAAUCAGCAUCAGUCUGAUACUUUCUUAUGUGUUCUCACCCGUGUGAUGUGUAAAGCUAUGAUGUCAUGCUGUUUGUAAAUGGUACUGACAGUCUGAAGGACUUUCUGUCUCCAUCUUCACCCUUUUACCUUGGACAUGGAUAGAACAGGGUCCUCUGAAACAUAGGUAUUUAUCUUCCAGACUACUUGACAUCACAUCUCACAUAAAAGUUAGUAUUCUUAGAAGUCCUUGGCUGGGAGAAGCUUGAAUGGCACAGAAUGUAAUUUAUAGUUGACCAGAUUUAGUUUCUGAAUGGAUGUUAUUGAAAACUUUUCUGUCGAGCAUUAAUGGUCCACAUUGUUUGACCCUGGGUUCUUAAACAUGUAAAUGAUAUUCAGUAUUUCCACUUCUUUGUCUGUGCAGCUGCACUCACUAGUAUUUCGUUCCGCUACUUGCAGCAUAUAUGAAUACAUUCCAUUUAACUUAUAUUGUUCAUAAUGUUAAUGUUUAAUUUGGUGGUCUAUGAUGUUGAAGUGCUGAUAAAUGUCUGUCACUUUACCCCUGCAAUGUGCAACUGGUGUAGUUGUAUUUUGUAUUGUUAUUGUGUGUCUUUUUGUCUCUGGAGGAAGAGAAGCUGUAUUUUUAUAUAGUGGCAGAGUUAUAAAUGAUGAAAUUGCAAAUAAAUUGAAAUUAAUAUUAUG